CGCGGAAGGAGUGCGUCACAGAUUCGCGCGAAGGAAGAGAGAAGCAUCGCAGACUCGGUGGCAGCGUCUGUUUCUUCCUUCGGCAUGAACCAGUUCAACUUUGCGACCCCAGGGGCCCCUGGCUCCUCCUCCUCUGGAGGGGGUGGGUUCAUCUUCGGGACUCCCAAGACGGUGCCCAGCAGUGGGGCCCCCCCAGGGGGCUUCUCCUUCUCUUCGGCCACCUCCGGAACAACAGGGGCAGGAGGGGCCUUCAGCUUUGGGACCCCGGCUCCGGCAGCAGGCACCCAGCCAGCCGGCCUCUUCUCCUUCGCCCCCGCAGCCACCUCCUCCUCUACCCCAGCCCAGACCUUCAGCUUCGGGACCCCUGCUGCUGCUGCUGCUGCUGCUCCUCCUGCAGCCACUCCUGCCGGAAGCAUCUUCGCCUUGGGGGGAAAUGCUCCCAAACUGAACCUGGGCACAACGCAGGCAACUGGCAUCAUGGGAGGCUUUGGCAUCAGCAGCGGCAGCAGUGGUGGGCUGGCCAGCUCUAUCCCAAGCAGCGCCCCAGCCACCCAGCCGGCCCCUCCCUCAGGCUUUGUUUUUGGCUCUUCCACCGGUAGCCAGGCCACCACAGCAGCAGCAGCAGCAGCAGGAGGAGGAGGAGGAGGAGGAGGAGGAGGAGGGUUCAGCUUCAGCAGCAUGGGCACCACUCAGCCAACGGCCACUGGGUUCAGCCUUGGCUCGACAGCAAAUGCGGUGCAGCCGACACCAGCUACCGGGAUAACAUUUGGAUUAGCACCAGCCAGCAGCGCUGCCCCCACAGCAGCCGCAUCCCAGCCUGCGACCGUCUUCAGCCUUGGGACCCAAUCCACAGGCUCUGGGUUUGGCUUGCUGACCUCCUCCGCUGCCCCUGCUGCCUCCACAGGAUCCAUCGCUCAGGCACCAACUCUGUCCUUUGGAGCUAAGCUUGGAGGUACCACUGCAGCCACCACAGCUACUGCCACCACAACUGUGAAUCCCCUUACUGGUGGCACAUCUGGUCCCACUCUGUUUGCCUCCAUCGCAGCCUCCUCCCAGGCAGCAACUACUUCUGCUCCAGUUAGCCUCUUGCUUGGCACCUCUUCCGCUGGGACAACGGCCCCCACUCUUGAUUUGGGGUUUGGCUUAAAGGUUCCUGGAACGACAACGGCAGCGACUGCCCCCAGCAUAACUAGUACUGCCUCUGCACCCAGUACAGGAUUCAUGUUGAACCUGAAGCCAAUGGCCCCAACCGCUACUGUGGCCUCCACAUCCACUGUGGCCACCACCACAGUCGCGGCUCCCCCGGUCAUGACCUAUGCUCAGCUGGAGAGCCUGAUUAACAAGUGGAGCCUGGAGCUGGAGGACCAGGAGAAGCACUUCCUGCAGCAGGCCACCCAAGUCAACGCCUGGGACCGGACCCUUAUCGAGAACGGGGAAAAGAUAACGUCUUUGCACAGAGAAGUGGAGAAAGUCAAGCUAGAUCAGAAAAGGCUGGAUCAAGAACUGGAUUUCAUUCUGUCCCAGCAAAAGGAGCUGGAGGAUUUGUUGGUCCCUCUGGAGGAGUCUGUGAAGGAGCAAAGUGGGACCAUCUACCUGCAGCAUGCAGAUGAGGAGCGGGAGAAGACGUACAAGCUGGCGGAGAACAUUGAUGCCCAGCUGAAACGCAUGGCGCAAGACCUGAAGGACAUCAUUGAGCACCUGAACACCUCGGGGGGCCCUGCUGACACCAGUGACCCACUCCAGCAGAUCUGCAAAAUUCUCAAUGCGCACAUGGACUCGCUCCAGUGGAUCGAUCAGAAUUCAGCGCUGCUGCAGCGAAAAGUGGAGGAGGUGAGCAAAGUGUGCGACGGCCGCCGCAAAGAGCAGGAGCGCAGCUUCCGCAUCACAUUCGACUGAGACAAGGACCACAGGGCCACCUCGCCCCUUCUUAAGGAUACUCCUCCCUCCUUCCCUGCUUUUGUAUGUCACAAUAAAGGUCUUUUCUAACCCAGAACAA